GUGCGCGCCGUGUUCUGGCGGGGCGCUGCGGCUGCCGUGCGGUUGCCAUGGUGCGGGGCUUCGUGCUGCUGACGCUGGGCCGCGGGCGGAGCCGGGUCCUCUACUCGCGGCUGUUCGCGGCCGAGGGGUCGCCGGGGGAGAGGGAAGCCCCGGACCCUGCCUCCGCCCCCGCCCCCGACCAGGUCGGCCUCGGCCUGCAGCGCAGCAGGCUGCGGGAGAAGGAGCAGCUGACAGCCGUCGCCAGGCAAGUGUCUUCCUCCUGUGUUUUGGCUCGCCAGGCAGCAGAUAAGCCACUGUAUGACUCGGGGGCUGCAAUAGGCGAGGAACCCAUUGGGUCUCUGGAGCCGGAUUUGGGUGUGUUUCGGCUCUCCGCUGCCGAGAUCUUCACUGAAGAAGCAAUAGUUGUGUGGAUGGGAGUCCUCUCGCUGGGCUUUGCCCUGAUCUGUGAUACAAACGAGAACCUUAUGCUGGCAGAAAACACCCUGCGAUUGUUGGUCAAGUAUUUUAAGGAACAUCUAAAACUGCUCAUCCAAAGCAAUGACGUUGUACUGAAGACAGAUAGAAUUGAGGCGAUCCUCAACACGUUCUUACCUCAUGGUCAGCUGAUGUUUCUUAACUGUUGUUUUAUUCAGAGUUUGGAGAAAGAACUCAAUGCUUCCAUGUUCAAAUAAGACCUAAGCAGCAAUUGCUGGAAAUACUCAGCAGUUCAGAGAGAACCAGUGUUUAGGUUUAUUCUUAGAUGAAAUCUCUUCAACCUGAAAUGUUAUUGUUUCUCUGACCCUAGAUGCUACCUGACCUGCUAAAUAUAUCCAGUGUUUUUUAUCUGCUGAUGCCUUCAGGUGUUGAAUUGCAAAGCUUUCACUUUCCUGACAGCUAUUUUAUUUAAACUCUUCAACUUGCUCUCCCACUCUGUUGAAUGUGCUGGGCUUUUCUGGCAUACAGAUCGCCUAAUCAGUUGCUCUUUCAUUUUGAAUGUGGACAAGAUGUACGGUACAGGAAGACACAUCAGAUCCCUGCCACAUCCUGUUCCAAUCCAAUAAUCACACAUUGCACAUGAUUCCAAUCAAUGUGUAGUGAUAGGAGCCCCAUAUAAAGUACAAAAACAUUCUGGUCUGGGAGAUUAAGCAGGCUGUGUUCUGCUCUGGGAUGCUCAGUGCAAGCAUUCAGGCUCCUUGUCGUUCAGAUAAAAUGUUAAACCGAGGUCUCAUCCAGUCCAGAUGAAGGGUCUUGCCCCAAAACGGCGACUGUCCAUUUCCUUCCACAGAUGCUGCCUGACCCACUGUGUUCCUCCAGCAUCUUGUUUGUUGCUUGCAUCUGUCCUGUUAGGUGGAUGUAAAAGAUCCCAUGAUGUUUUCAAGAAAUGAACGGAUGAUUUCCACUGUAAUGGCCAAUGACUUUCUCUUAGUGUGUGAGAGUCUACUGUGCAAAUUGGCUGCUGCCCUUCUUAGAACAGUGACCACACUUCUGAAUUGCUUUAUUGGUUGUAAAACACUUUGGGAUGUCCUGUGGCUGUAACUGGUGCCACAGAAAUACAAGUCUUCUCAUUUUUGUCAGUGAAAAAUACUAACAGAUGUAAUAUUUUAUCUGCAUAGUCAGAUAACAGUGUAAGAAACAGAAGUUUGUUAAUUCAUUUUUGCAAGGUCAUGACUAAAUCAAUGCAAAGUCAAAUAAAAAUUCAGAAGAAUUAUGAAUU